GCCUUCUUUACAACUGCAGCUUUCACCACAACCUGCCUAUCCCCACACAACAGCCAUCAGAGCGCCAGUCCCGAGCACAGCACUUGUCAAUGAGCAACAGCCCAGAGGAGACAAGAGGACGCUUGUGACAAAUCUAAUAAAGCGAAGGCACUGGACAACUCGAAUCUCUGCUUAUUCAAUAAUCUAGACACUCCGAGUCCUUUGGAGCUUAUCUGUCAGCACUGGGCAGAGUAACAUGCCUUGAGCUUUUUGCCAAGUGUCUCUCUCGUAUAUGUCUAGAUCCACAAAAAUUUCACCCUGUGACUCAAAAGAAGUUGUAAAGGGAGAAGACCAUAGAUACAGAAGAAAGUUGGGAACGAACAUAGUGGGACACCAGCAAUGCACCAUGGACAAGGACAGCUGCACUCCCAAAUUCUCACGCAAGACCCUGACUGCACCUGCCCCAUUUGCAGAUGAAUCCAGCUGCCAGUGCCAAGCACCUCAUGAAAAACUAACCAUUGCCCAGGCCCGCUUAGGAACACCAGUUGACAGGCCUGUUAGAGUGUAUGCAGAUGGAAUAUUUGACCUCUUCCACUCAGGUCAUGCAAGGGCACUUAUGCAAGCAAAAACAUUGUUUCCCAACAGCUACUUGUUGGUAGGAGUUUGCAGCGAUGACCUUACUCACAAAUUCAAAGGUUUUACUGUGAUGAAUGAGGCAGAGAGAUACGAAGCUCUCAGACACUGCCGCUAUGUGGACGAAGUCAUCAGAGAUGCACCAUGGACUCUCACACCAGAGUUCCUGGAAAAACACAAGAUUGACUUUGUGGCUCAUGAUGACAUUCCAUAUUCCUCUGCUGGUUCUGACGAUGUUUAUAAGCAUAUAAAGGAAGCAGGCAUGUUUGUACCAACACAAAGAACAGAAGGCAUCUCAACAUCAGACAUCAUCACCAGAAUUGUACGUGACUAUGAUGUGUAUGCCCGGCGCAAUCUUCAGAGAGGCUACACAGCCAAGGAACUCAAUGUCAGCUUUAUAAAUGAGAAGAAGUAUCGUUUCCAGAACCAGGUGGACAAGAUGAAAGAAAAGGUCAAGAAUGUGGAGGAAAGAUCAAAGGAAUUUGUUAACAGAGUAGAAGAAAAGAGUCAUGACCUAAUUCAAAAGUGGGAAGAAAAAUCAAGAGAAUUCAUUGGCAACUUCCUGGAACUGUUUGGGCCAGAUGGUGCAUGGAAGCAGAUGUUCCAGGAGAGGAGUAGCCGGAUGCUACAGGCCUUAUCUCCGAAGCAGAGUCCCGUGAGCAGCCCAACCCGGAGCCGGUCCCCUUCCCGCUCCCCGUCUCCCACCUUUUCAUGGCUCCCAAACAAGACCUCUCCCCCCUCCUCACCCAAAGCAGCCUCAGCCUCCAUCAGCAGCAUGAGUGAGGGGGAUGAGGAUGAGAAGUAAAGGUGCCUGGCCAACAAGAGCCACAGCACACAGGAUGGGAAGGGGUCCCGGGAUGCCUGGGUGGUGUUGAGAGCAGCUCAGCGGGGAGAUGGGAGUUCUGCCAUGGGAAGGUACCGAGGUCAGCUCCUCUUCCUUCUCCGUACAGCCUGUCCGGGGCACAGCAUGGAGGUUCCCAACCUGAAAACCCGUCCAAACCUUCUUAGCAUCAUAGAAUCGCCCCACUUUAGCCCUGCUAUGAAAAGAUGCAGAGCACUCCAUGAAGAGGGGUGACUUCUGCUGUGGUCCACACAUUCAUCCGUAUCAAGUAAGCCACCUGCAGAAGUGGCUGCUGCCUCACCCUGCUAUCUCCAGCCCUCUAAGAGCCUUGCACGUUGUCUCCUAUCUCCCAAGCUCUCCCAGAAUGAAUUCCCUUCCAAAUGAGGUGGCUAAGUGCUUCCAAAAUGGGCAAGUGAAAGACAUUCCUGCCUUCUCAGUUCAGCCACUGAGGCCCGAGGAUGCAAUUGUCAACUCUUUCCUGUUCCAGGACAAUGACUCAGACCCAGCUUUGCUUUGGCCAGAUAGAAAAGUGUGAACCUUAACUUCUCAUUCAAAGGACAGUUGUGUCAAGGUGAACUCCACCUAAGGCCUGACAUGCUUCUGGCUGUACUUUUCAUCACUGGCAUGAUGACACUGUUUCCCAGAAAUUACCCGAAUUGAUGGGAAUCACAACAAGGAAACCUGUCUUGUCUAAAAAGAAAUAACCAAACCAACCAGGAGCUGCUUUGCUUUGGCUCCAUGUAUGGAAGAUAAAAAUAUCUCUUGGAGCUUCUUAAAGGAAUGGCUCUUUCCAUUUCUGGCCACUUCACAGUUCCUAGUCCUCAAGUAACAGUUUGAUGUAACAAACACUUAGUAUACCGAUAGGGGGUGCUACCUGCACGUAUCUGUUCUAUGUAUCCUUCAAAUAUGCCACCCCAGGGUGUAUACCAUAUGCAAUAUGAAUAUAUGGUGGUGGUGUUUGACUACAUACUCCUUUCCUGCUCUCCCCCCAAUACCCUGCUGAGAGGCUUGAUCAAAAGAACCAUCUGGUUCCCUCAUGACUUGGGCACUUUGUCAAAAGCUCAAUCAAAUGUUAGAUUCCUGUAGAAAUGUUUUGUCCCAGAAAAUUCCUGUUGCUCUUCACCCAUGACAUUUUGGGUAAAGGAAAGCUCUGAAGAGUCUUGCAAAGAAUUGAAGGCUCAAUCUUUCCCAUGGUCUAAGAGAUAUUGGAGUGAUUUCUGGCCCUAGCGUCUCUGGAUGGGAUGGAGACGCUCAGGUUACUGUAGAACUGUUUAGGACUACUGUUCCCUAAUCAUGUGCAGGUUUAGAGCCAAUCUCUUAAGUGCAAAUAGAAGUCCCUGAUUCUCCAGAAGUCAGACAGCACUGAGGCUUGACAGAAUCAAGGCCAUAACCUGUAACUUGUGGGCACAAGCCUGUCAUCUCUGGUGGCAGAAGCAUCCCUUUGUUCAGAGGCUUUGGGGACAAGCCUUCUGGGCGUCAGUCAGUGGAGAAAGAAGCCUGCCUUUCCCCUUCGUGUUGAGGUUGGACUACCUUCCCACUCACCUGAAGAUCAGUGGUGACUCCACUUGGAGCUUCCUUGUUCUGGGCACUUCUUCCAGAACUCUGUGCAGUGCUCAUGAAAGAUGGGGUUGGUGGGAACACGGCCUGUGAGGAGGAAAGUUCUUUCCAUAGUCAAGGCCCUCUCAGAGCAUCGCUCUCUCCAGGGGCAAGGGCUUCCACUCUUCCAUUGUGUCUUUGACCCCAGCCUUCCACCAUGCACCCAGGACAAAUCGUGCAUGUUUGCCUUCCAUGUCAGCCAACAGACACUUGUGGCAGUGAAAGGAGAAGACCGAGCAGAUGAAAGGAGUGAGGACAAGAGAAGAGGAGAAGAGAGGAUCCUAGAGAAAGAAAAGAAAGAUAAAAGAAGAUCUGCCGUCUUAAGGCAUCAGGUUGUAUGUGGGGGAACUCUCUUUGAUGAGGUGUUUUUAAAAAGCUCUGACUCUAUGAUCCAGGGCACAGAGACGCACUUUUACCUAAGUGUUGCUCUGAGGCAGACUGAGUAGGGUGGAUACAUCAGGCAACUAUAGUUUUGCAGGCCCUACACACCAUCCUGAAAGGUACCAUACACAUGACUCAUCAGAGAGUACCACUGUAGCUGGGGAUGAUGGGAGAGGACCACACCAGAAUCAUUCCAGGUACAGACAGGCCCAAAGGACUUCUUCUCAUUUCCAACAGCACCUCCUCACAAAGAAAUGGGCCUUCUGCUGUUUAACGUUUAACCCCUCUUGACCGUCUCUCAGUGUUUCCCAGCCCUUGCCCUACCUUGCCUCUUCCACACCCAGCAGGAGCUGGGAUUGAGUCAUUCGGUCAGUUUGCGUGACCAAAAGUGAGUUAGGGAUGUAAUGAGAGCAUAAUUAUGCUACAAGCUUGGAGAAGUAAGCAGAAAUGAAAAAAGAAAAAGGUUAUUUUUCUCCAGAAAGGGAAAGAAAGAACUUAGGGAAUGGGAAGAUGGAAAAAAUUGAGACUGAGUUGGUGAGUAUGGGAGAAUUUGUAUUUUCUUCUUUCCCCUAGGCCCCUACCUAGUGAAGGAGAAAGGCUUCCUAUUAUAUACUUCCAUGGUCAGUGGGCCCCAUGUGGCAGGUGGGGUCCUGGCUUUUCCAGCUUCUUGGGCAUAUUAACAAUUCCCAUAUCCCCCCUGAAACCAAGUGCUGACUCUCUUGGUGGAGUUGAAAUGUGGUAGUCACACUGAAUGGCCCAUUUCUGUCAAGAAACUUCACUGUCAGGAUAUCCCAGAGGCAAAGGUAAACCAGCCCUAUGACAGAUGUAGCGUGGCUUCUGACCUGCUGUGGACCCAGAAGACUCAGCCGCUUUACGACCUAGGCUACAAGAUACUGCAGCUACCCUGGUGGGUGGCAGCUCCAGGAAGAACACAGCCCAUCUUCAGGACUCAGUUAAUACCCAGUCAUACCCCACAGACGAGCUUGUUUUCAGGCAUCUGCUCAGCACCAGUCCUGUCCUGACCUUCUGCUCAGAAAGGAAGAACAAAAGAAAGUAAGAGAGAAAGAAAGCAAGCGAUGAG